AUGACACCUCUACCAGUGGUCAGUCUUACUUCAAAUGACUGUGAGCUUUUACACAACUGGGCCUCAGCAUAUGGUGCAGCAGUGCGACAAAGGACAGUACGCCAGGAGACAACAAUGGCUAAACACGGAACAUUACCAGAAUUUGUUCAUCAACGCCAUCUCAUAGUUGGCCAGAAAGUCAGUUUAAAUUUUGAAUUGGACGAAGAUGAAGAUUUGCACGAUAUCGAACCGAAUGAGGAUGCAAUUGACGGCAAUAACCCUGACGAAGGCCAGGACGAAUUUGAUGAAAGCAGUGACGAGGACAUCAUCAAGAUGAGUUAG